AUGAAAUCGUUGAAUAAGAGUUUGUCAAGUAAACACAUUCUCCACGAACAGAAUUAUUAUAUUGCGAUCCAAGAUAACUGCCCGGUUUCUGUGGAGCAAAAUUUCUUAUUAUUCUUUAUCUUCUUCUUCUUUUUCUUCUUUAUUCUUUUCUUUUCUUUCUUUUUUUCUCUUUUCUUCUUCUUUCUUCUUUUCUUUCUUUUUACUUUUUCUUCUUUUUUUCUUCUUUCUUGUUUUGUCUUUCUUUACCUUUUCUUAUUUUUGUUGUCCUUCUUUCUUUUUUUCAUUUCUUCCCUUUUUUUUUCUUAUUUUUGUUUCUUCUCCUUCUUUUUUUUCAUUUUUUCAUUUUUUUCUCCUUUUUUUCUUUUAUUGUUUUCUUUUUUUCUUUUCUUUUCUUCUCUUUCUUCUUUUUCUUCUUUUUUUUUUCUUCUUUUUCUCAUUCUUUUUCUUUUUAUUGUUGUCCUUUUUUUCUUUUUCUUUUUCUUCUCUUUUUCUUCUUCUUUUCCUUCCUCUUAUUUUGCUUAUUCUUUUUCUUCUUCUUGUUCUUCUUUUUCUUCUCCUUCUUUUUCUUCUUUAUCAUUUUCUUUUUUUCUUAUCAGUCCUAAACUCUUCUAUGUCGCAUGUCCCUUCAGAACGUUAACGACCAUGAAUCUCCACAACAAUUUCUUUUUUUCUAUCACUCCUAAACCCCGACCUACAACGAUAUCACUCUGA